CUUUUCACCGGAAAACUAAGAAAGGUUCUGUGUUUAGGGUUCUGGUCAGCUCGUUCUCACCGGAGAAUCGAAAAAGAUGAUCGGAGUCGGGAAAAUGAAGCAGUACUCCAACGUCCUUGACAAGCCUCUUAGCAAAGGCAAGCAAGAGGUGAGCUUGACCGCAUUUGCUUUCUUAUUCUCGGAGCUCGUUCAGUACAAUCAAACCCAGGUUGACAAUAUAGCUGAACUUGAAAGAAGACUAGAGGAUGCUGGGUAUGCAGUUGGAUCUCGAGUUCUAGAGCUUCUUUGCAACCGGGAGAAGGGAAACCGAAGAGAGACACGGUUACUGGGGAUUCUGUCUUUCGUCCACAGUACAGUGUGGAAAGUGUUGUUUGGAAAGGUUGCUGAUUCACUUGAAAAAGGAACAGAACAUGAAGAUGAGUACAUGAUUAGUGAAAAGGAGCUUCUCGUCAACAGGUUCAUUUCGAUUCCAAAAGACAUGGGAACAUUCAACUGCGGGGCGUUUGUCGCCGGCAUAGUGAAGGGAGUUUUGGAUAAUGCAGGGUUCCCUGCUGUGGUAACGGCUCAUUUUGUACCCAUUGAAGGACAACAACGUCCUCGAACUACCAUUUUGAUCAAGUUUGCUGAUGAGGUGCUUAAAAGAGAGGCACGGCUAAGUCAAUGAGAGCACUAUGGUCACGAGUUGCCACGAUCUGGGAACUAUUGGCUUUAUGUGAACUGCUUGUGCAAAUCUGCUAUCUGUUUUUUGGAUGACUAUAACAUUUUGAAUUGAGCUGCAAAGCCAUUGUUGCCCCGUGCAUUGAUGUAUACAACAAACAUAUCCUCUUAUU